AUGACGGUGCUACGUCGGCCGCGUACGACCUCCAUCUCGUCGAAGGAUGCGGCGCUGUACCUAUCGCUUCAAACCACCGCCGCCACGAGCCCAAAGGAAUUCAUGGCAUGGCCAAAAUGCGUCCACUCGCGGAACGGCAUGUUUGACUUGUCGGCGGAUGCGACCGAAGUGACGUUCGUGCAAGCUGGGAUGUACCAUGUUCAAAUGACGGCAGAGUGCACCGACUGGUCGGGUGGCUUGGGCGUAUGGCUGCGACUGAAUGGGGCGUACGUCGCCAUGACGGCUUUUCACGAGCGCGGCGAUUCGCAGUGCUUUGCCCAUCGGGUCUUCGUUCAUAAAGGCACGAAACUGAAGGUUUACUCGAGCCUCGCGACCUCGAUUUGCGCUUGCGCGACGCUCUCCGCCGUCCUCAUUGGAGCGUCACCGUAA